CUCUCUCUCUCUCUCUCUCUCGUCGUCCAUGGCGAAAGGUCUCUUCUAAACCCUAGCGUCGCUGAGAUUUCGAUAGAUCGAGGAAGCUCGAAGAGUUAGAGAUCAAGGAAUAGAGAGCUAUGGCUUCUCUAAUUCGAUCCUUGGUCUUCUGUUUCUCUUGUUAUCUCUUUGUUUUUGCUGCUUCAUCGGCUCCUCAAGCUUUCCGGCGAGAUCCUGGACACCCGCAGUGGCAUCAUGGUGCGUUCAACGAUGUGGAGGAUAGCGUACGCGCUGAUGUCCGCCGUAUGCUUCAUACGCGUGCUGAGGUUCCAUUUCAAGUGCCACUCGAGGUUAAUGUUGUCCUUAUUGGAUUUAAUGGUGAUGGGGGGUACAGAUACACUUUGGAUCCACAGAAACUUGAAAGUUUCCUGAAAAGCAGCUUCCCGACACACCGACCAUCUUGCCUUCAGACUGGGGAGCCAAUUGACAUUGAGCAUCAUAUUGUGUAUAAUGCAAUACUUGCAGGUCAGCCAGAAUUAAUAGCUCUUGAGCAGGCCUUAAAGGAUGCUAUGGUCCCUGCUGGGAAUGCUAGAGAGAGUGAUUAUGGAAGGGAGGUCCCUCUUUUUGAGGUAGAUGCAAUGUUAGUAGAGCCAACUUUCGAAAAUCUUUACUCUUUCAUGUUUGAUUUGGAUGGUGGUGGCUUUUCUGCUCCUGAAGUUGACCGACGUCUUCCAGCUGCAAUAUUUCUUGUGAACUUUGACAAGGUUAGAAUGGAUCCUAGGAACAAAGAAAUCGAUCUUGGAAGUUUAAUGUAUGGAAAAAUUGAUGGACUAACAGAUGAACAAUUAAAAACACAAGAGGGAGGUUACAUCUAUCGUUAUCGUUACGAUGGAGGAGGAGCAUCUCAGGUUUGGUUGGGAUCUGGGAGAUUUCUUGUGAUCGAUAUCUCAGCAGGUCCUUGUACUUAUGGGAAAAUAGAAACUGAAGAAGGAAGUGUGAGUUACAGAACUAUACCACGGUUAUCAAAUUUAAUUUUUCCAAGUGGCUCAAAUGCUGCUAGAGUAAGUUCAACACAAGAUCUUUUAAUGGGACAAGUUGGAGCUCUCAUUGCUACAACCAUUGAGCAUGUCAUUGCUCCUGAUAUUCGGUUUGAAACUGUGGAUUUGACAACAAGGUUGCUUAUACCUAUAAUUGUAUUGCAAAACCACAACAGAUAUAAUAUUCUCCAAGCUGGCCAUAACAAGAGCAUUGAUAUUCAAGCAAUUGAGAGAGAGGUGAAGAAGAUGGUCCGUUCUGCUCAGGAGGUUAUAAUUGUUGGAGGUUCACAUGCACUUCAUCGCCAUGAGAAGUUAGCCAUUGCUGUUUUUAAAGCAAUGCGAGGUCACUCUCUUCAUGAAACAAAGUCAGAUGGGCGAUUUCAUGUUCAUACAAGAACAUAUUUGGAUGGAGCAGUUCUUAAAGAAGAAAUGGAACGGUCUGCUGAUGUGCUUGCUGCUGGUUUACUUGAGGUUUCAGAUCCUUCUCUAUUAAGUAAAUUUUACAUCCGCCAGACAUGGAUGGAUGAGUCUUCUGAUUCACAGGACUCUAUUAUCAAGCAUAAACCUCUCUGGGCAAGUUAUGGUUAUGGCAAGGAUAAGAAAAAGGGUGAAAAGAAGAAAAGGGGAAAUUUGUACCGAACAUAUGGAACUAGAGUUGUGCCAGUCUUUGUUCUUUCAUUGGCUGAUGUUGAUCCCGACCUUUUGAUGGAAGAUGAAAAUCUUGUUUGGACCAGCAAGGAUGUUGUCAUUGUCCUUCAGCAUGAUAAUGAAAAGAUACCUUUAAGCUUCGUCUCAGAAACCAAAAAACAACAUGCUUUUCCAUUCCUUGCACAACGGCACAUUUUAGCAGGCCUAGCUUCUGCUGUGGGAAGUCUUACUGCCCCUUAUGAAAAAGCAUCACGUAUACAUGAAAGGCCAGUUGUGAAUUGGCUUUGGGCUACAGGAUGUCAUCCAUUUGGACCAUUCUCUAAUUCUUCUCGAGUGAGCGUGAUGCUUCAGGAUGUUGCCCUGAGAAGCACAAUAUAUGCACAAGUGGACUCUGCUUUACGAAUAAUUCGGGAUACAUCAGAGCUUGUCCAGUCUUUUGCUGCAGAGCAUCUCAAAACUCCUCUUGGUGAACCAGUGAAAGGCUCGAAAAACAAGUCCAACACUGAGCUUUGGCUGGAAAAAUUCUAUAAGAAAAUAACCAACUUGCCAGAGCCUUUCCCUCAUGAGUUAGUAGAACGCUUAGAAGAAUAUCUAGAUAAACUCGAAGAACAACUGGUUGAUUUAUCGGCUUUGCUUUAUGAUCAUCGGCUGGAGGAAGCAUAUCACAAUAGUUCUGAGAUACUCCAAAGCACUUUCUUCACUCAGAGAUAUGUUGAGAGAGUUUUGAUCUCGGAAAAGGACAAAAUGAGAUGUUGCAAAAUUGAGUAUAGUUUCCCAAAACAACAAUCAUCACAAGCUUUUAUCUAUGGAGGGAUUCUUCUGGCUGGAUUUUUGGUAUAUUUCUUGGUUAUCUUCUUCUCUUCACCGGUCCGUUGAUCAUCGGGAAAAAAAAUAAAUGGGGCUCUUCUUGGAAGAUAUUCUUGGAAGGCUUGGGUUCUUUUUAUUCCCCCAAUUGAGCAGAGAUACAAAGUAUGCAACCAGUUCACUAAACUAUAUUUAUGUCAGUGUAGAUUAUUAUAACCAAGUGUUAAUGAAUACAAUGUUCAGAAAAGAUUAGCAUGUGGUCAAUACAUUCCAUGUUAUAAAAAAUUUGGACUGCUAUUGAACCUAUUGAUUUUAGUGUUUCCA